UGUCCAGGUUCGGGCGGUGUACCCAAUCAGCGCCCGGUUUUUUUAAGAAAUGGAAGAGAGCAGCAAGGCGAGCGUCGUCGGCCGUCUCCUUGCCGUGAAACGAGAUUCCGGCAAGACGUUCAGUCAGAUCUCGGCGGAGACGGGUCUGACUAACGUCUACGUUGCUCAGCUCCUUAGAAGGCAGGCUCAGCUCCAGGCCGAUACUGCCCUGAUACUGCGGGCAGCACUGCCCGAGCUGAGCGAAGACCUCAUCGCCGAGAUGAUGAAGCCGCCCAUGAGAUCCUACGAUCCCCACAUCAUUCAAGAACCCGCUAUCUACCGAUUGAAUGAAGCUGUAAUGCAUUUCGGCGAGAGCAUUAAAGAAAUUAUCAAUGAGGAAUUCGGAGAUGGCAUUAUGUCAGCAAUAGACUUCUACUGCUCCGUCGAUAAGGUUAAAGGUGUUGAUGGGAAGGAUCGUGUGGUUUUGACAUUCGAUGGAAAGUAUCUACCUCACACUGAACAUAAGUGUGAGCACAUGAUGUCAAGGUUGAGGAAGUAGGAAGAACUUGAAAGGAUUCUCAGAACUGUUAAAAUCCUACCACUAAUGUCUGUUUUAGGGGGUAUAUAUGCAUGUAUUUAUGUUCCUUUUGUGAGCAUGGGUCAUCAUUAGCCUUCUUCAACUGCUUUCCACUUAUUUUCUAUUUAGAAGAAUAAUUCAAACAUAUUACCAAGUUCUAUUUUAUGGGUGGUUUGCCAA